UUAAUAAAAUUACUUGGAAUUGUUUUUCAUAGUUGACAAUUAUUUGUUCGGAUCCGUCUUAAUCCCAGAAUUCCACCAACUUCCUGUUUAUAGGUUUAUGAUGAAAACAGACAAUAAAUUGUGAAGAAUUUGUAAAGUUUUAACAAAGCAUUCGGUACAUAAUGGGUACCAAAAUACUUGAUCAGAUAUUGACAAUGAUGCUUCAUGGCUCACCAGAAGAAAAACAUUUCAUUUAUAAUGAUUCUGACAUUAUUUUAGAAUGUAAACUUUGCCGUAACUUAUUCCGUGCCCUUACUGGUUUUAUCUUACAUCGGAAGAGUCUGUGCAUGAAACCACUUGAAAAGUCAGUUAGUAUCAAUUCCUAUGACCAAAAUAUGAGAACAGAAACCUUCAGAAAUGUUACAUUUAUCACAAAUUCUUCAUCCUGUGAAGAGGACUCAGCACAAACCCCAUCACAACAACCAAAAAGUACACCAUCCAGCAAUAAUAAUAAUAAUAAUAAUAAUAAUAAUAAUAAUAAUAUUAAUAAUAAUAGUAAUGAUAAUGAUAAUAACCAGCAGCAACAGCAGCAGCAACAGCAGAAUUUAUCUGCUGCAGACCAUUUUCAGUAUCUUCAGAAUUACGUUAGUCAGAUUAAUGAAUCAAUAGAAAGCAAGAGUAACUUGAAAGCCGUAUUAAACCUUACUCAGGAAGGUAUUGGGAAUUCUUCGGACAUUACACAAAAAUCAGCUGAAGAACCUAAAACAGACUCUAACUCUACAGAGAGAAUCGUGCUAACAGAAGCAUCUAGUCCACAGGUUUCUACUGCUGUUUCCAGUUUAAAGGAUUCUGCCCCCAAAUCUACUGACCCUCCAUCACAUUGUUGUGCUAUUGGUAAACCCUGCAAUGUACAACAAACCAAUUGCUUUACUGCUACCUCUGAAACAGAAGGGGAACUGUGUGAUUCCAGAAAUAGCAGCCCUUGUUCAAUGCCACAGCUAAAAUUACCAUGUACCAAAGCAGGUUGUGUGGAGAACAAUGACAACAAUAAAAGCAAUGAUGAAAGUGAGUCUUUAGAAACCAGCAACAAUGUUUGCACAGCACCUCAUAAUGAAAAAGUCUCAAAACGUUCAACAAAACCUCUAAUAGUACAAAGCAAUACUCAUGCAAGUUCAAGUUGUGUAGUAAACAAAGAAGGUGAAGCUAUAGAAGCAUCAGAGAAACUGAGUUCGAAAUCUUCACACAUUGAAAUAAUUCUGAAUGAUAAUCCUUCGAUGAAAGAUGUUAUUGAAAUUAAUGAAGUGCAUAAUUUAGAAGAGAGAGUGUCUCAGUCUUUGUCCUUGGAUAAUUUAUGUUGUGUCCCUCUAGACCAAAGUGGCCCUGUGGACCAGUGUUGUGCUGCUAAUCAGAAGAAACAAGCACCCCAACAUUAUAUUUGUCCACACUGUCCUAAUACUCUCAUCUAUGACUCAUACCCACUUUUCUGCCAGCAUCUUGAGUCAGUACACGGAAUACAUGCUGAUCCCAUUGACAAUUUAGGCCAGACGUUUGAGUUGAAUAAUCAAAGUUCCAUGUCAUAUAUACCUGAGCGUGCUAAUCAGAAAUAUUCUGAGUGUAUUGUCCUAGAAUUAGCUGAUUAUCAGAAUCUCCAGUGUCGGAAAUGCAAACACAGCUUUACUCAGCGCUGUUCACUUCGGAGACACAUUUUGGAAAUCCAUGGUGAAAAAUUGGGUUAUUAUUCAUGUCCCUUCUGCGUUAGCAAAGUCUGGUUUCGCUAUUUUCGAACGUUUUUAGCUCAUUUAAAAAACCUACACGGCUUCCAAAAGGACCAAAUAUAUCGCAUCCAUCGCAAUUUGCAGAAAAACAGUUGGGUAGAAUUUGGUAGUGAUCAGCUGCCUCCUGAUGGAAAUAACACAACUUCGCAGCUCUGUAAUCGUGUUUCAUAGUUUUUACAACAUGCAUUUUCAUUUCAUUCACUACAGUCUGUAUUAUGCUACACAUUUCAUCCUAUAUGAUGUAUGCAUUAUGUGCUACUAUGCUAUGCUACAAAUUAGACAUAACACUAUGCACAGCACUACACACUGUGUGGUAUACUAAACACAUCAGAAUUUACAAUACCCUGCAUCAUUUCUGCAAAAUGAUCACACUACAUUACAGCAUUCAUUGUACAGUAAGCACUAAAUUACAUUACACAUCAUACAACAAAGUACCUAGUACAUUAUACAUCACAUUACAUAUAAUGCACUUCAAUGGUCACCACAGAAUAUCAUACACUGUACGCUGUGCUAGACAUUAUACUACAUACUCCCCAUCAAACGACAUUUCAAUGACAGUUAGAGAUACUUUGUAAUUUUUGUUGCAUUUUUAUAUUAAAUUCUUUCCAUUUUC